AUGACGGCGACGCGCAUGCUGAGCAGGUGCACGGGACGAAAGCUGCGUCUUCUGUGUCUGCACGGCAUGUACCAAGACGCGACCACUUUUGUGGGCAAGACGAAUCCCUUGCGCAACGCCGAUGUGGAUUUAGUCUUCUUGGACGGGCCCUUCACCAUUACCCCGCCCAUUCUGGCGCGUCAGAGCAAGCGGCCAAACACUUCAUGUUUAGCUCCCAGUAAACACAAGCGCGUGCGCUGCGCGAAGAAGAAAGCCGAGUUCCGCGCGUGGUGGCGGCCCCUGGGCAUCCACCAAGCGGAUCCAAGCAACCUGGAUGGUGACCGUGAUGUACUCGUGAGUUUCCUACGCGAGAAGCUGCUCGAGGUGGGAAAUGUGGACGGCGUGGUAGGGUUUUCACAAGGUGCAAGCCUCGCGGCGUGGAUGUGCUCGGAACAGGCGCGUGCUGAAUUACAGUGGUCUCCGAAGCUGGCUGUGCUUAUUGGCAGCUACCUUGGCUCGGCGCAAUACUCCUUGGACUCGGGUAUUAUCCCGAAUAUAGCGUCGCUGCACGUAUUCGGCUCGAACGACCAUGUUAUCCCGUCAGCAAAGAGCGAGCAAGUGGUGGACAUAUUUAAACAACAAGAGACCCUUGAGAACCGUGUUCUGACUUCGGUGCACACGCAAGGCCACGUGAUCCCCAAGUGCGACGCAUCCAAGGAGCUGUUCGAAUCCUUCUUGACCCUCCAGCAGCUGAGGUUGCUCGGCAGCUCCACCACUUCAUCCUCGACGUCCUUGGAGACCGGCGAUCGCGAAAACCUGACCCCCUCGGAAGCCUUGGCGUCCUAG